AGUUACCCAACACACCCUUCACAUCCACCCUUUUCUCUCACACAUUUUCCUCUUUGGAAAAUAUUUGAUCCCUCCUACCAGACACAUGGAGCACGUGUCUACUGAGUACACGAGUCGUUCCCAGAAUCUAAUGUAUCAUUACAGACUUUUCCUAUUGUCUUCCCACACUCCACCUGCUCCUAAACAGAGGGUUGUUAUCCUAAGGCAGUUCCACAGUUAAUUUAGCAUCUAGUAAUUGAAGCUUUCUGUAUUGUCUGAGACUGUUCUUUGAUUGGUUGCUGACUGUGGGAAACUUCAACAAGCUGUGGACUCACAGAUCGUACUUCUGAUAUGGAAGUAUAAAUAGCAGUGAUGCACAUCUGUGGUUUCAAAGACUCACUCAUACAGCACUAAGCACUGGGACAGCUAAAAACAGAGGGUAUAAAUGGCUCCUUGUCAUGUUUCUGUGGACUCAAGUACUGAUAACCUGAAAUCCAAGAUCUCUAUCCGGCAUACGAGAAAACCAGUAGUGGAAAAGAUGAGACGGGACAGAAUCAACAGCAGCAUUAAACAACUCAGAUUGCUGUUGGAAAAUGAGUUUCAGAGACACCAACCCAACUCUAAGUUAGAGAAAGCUGAUAUCCUAGAAAUGACAGUGAACUAUUUAAAGCAGCAACAGCAUCUUCAGAUGAAUGCAAAUUUGAUGGUCCAAAAAAGUCCUUUACAAGACUACAACCAAGGUUACAACAGGUGUCUAGAUGAAACCCUACAAUUCCUGUCUUAUACUGAAAAACAGAAGCCAACAAACACAAAAAUCAUACAACAUCUGAACUCCUCUUUAUUUGGGACCAGAGAAUCUCCCAUCACCGCGUCCAGCACAAAAAAUACUGCAUCAAACAGUACAACUGUAGUCUGGAGACCUUGGUGAAAGUGGAUCAACUAUUAUAGUUCUAUAAAAUGAGUUGAGACAUUUUCUUAAAGACACAGAGGACUAGAACAGGCACACGCAGAUGUCAGUAAAUGUCCUCUUGAAGUAGAAAAAUUAUUUUUUCAUGUUUAAUUAGGUUGACCAUAUUGCCGCUUUAAAAAGGGACACAUAUGAAAAAUACAUAUGUCAGGGCUGUUUACAGGGCUGUUUAAAGAAAUGGUUUUGUAUAAGAACCCUCACAUAUGUAUUUUUCAUAUGUGUUCCUUCUUAAAGCGGCAAUAUGGUCAGCCUAUGUUUAAUUCAUAGUAGUUGCUUCAUGUUGAAGUGGUUAUUUAGUAUUUCAAAGAAAUUUUGUAAGCACUUGUUUGUGUGUAUAUAAAUGUGUUGUUUUAUAUUUGUUCUAUUCAUUUUAGGGUGUUUUAAAUUCAAUAUCAAACCUUAAAACUAAGCACCUUUUUUAUAUUAAUUGUUAAAACAAUCUUUUAGAUGAAUUAUAUGUAAUAUUUACUCUGCAGUUUACAUCAGCCUUAUUAAAAUGUGUCAUUUUAUAGUACAUUGCAGAAUAGAGUAUAUUUUAUUAAUUUCCCCAGUAAUUUGGAGAAU